CCAAACGAGAGCGGUGUUUUAAUGUUUGAGUACUGUGGUCACGCUACAAACAAGAGACCGAACGCCAGCUAAAUUUUACAUUGAUUUUGAAAAUUAUGUUAACCACCUUGACGCUAUAGUAAACUGGUCUCAUCACAAAACCCAGCGAUCCUAAAAGAAUCAAAACUCUCGGUGGCCUGCUGGGGAGGACACAGGCGGAUAAAUCUGGAAAUCACAUCACAAUAAGUCAUGCCACGGGGUAAACGCCGAGCUGCAGAUAUCGGUGACAACAUGGAUGGUCAAUCGAAGAGAGCCCGUACCAGCUACACCAGCAUACCAACACAACAGAGCAGCAGACGCCAUAUCAGAGCAGAGGAUGGAUUCAGUCAAAAGCGAUGUCUGACAUGGUUCCAAGAAUACACUACUCCCGACGAACCAGAGACACUGGGUCCCGACGGUAUGGAGAAGUUUUGCGAGGAUAUCGGCGUGGAGCCCGAGAACAUUGUGAUGCUGGUGCUGGCCUACAAAAUGGGCGCCACCCAGAUGGGCUUCUUUAGUCAACAAGAGUGGCUGAAGGGUCUCACAGAUCUCGAGUGCGACUCGGCAGCGAAAAUGGUUGUGAAACUGGACUAUCUGCGCAGCAUACUCAACGAUCCCAACUCCUUCAAAAGCAUCUACAGAUACGCCUACGAUUUUGCCAAGGACUCUGAUCAACGAAGUAUGGAUAUUCUUACAGCCAAGGCCAUGCUGCAGUUGUUACUCGGCAAGCACUGGCCGCUAUAUCCGCAGUUCGCACAGUUUCUAGAGCAAUCAAAGUACAAGGUGAUCAACAAGGAUCAGUGGUGUAAUAUUUUAGAGUUUUCGCGCACCAUCUGCAUUGACUUGUCCAAUUACGAUAUAGACGGGGCAUGGCCCGUCAUGUUGGAUGAGUUUGUGGAAUGGCUGCGAUCGCAGCGGAGUCUGGCAAACUCGAGUCCCGGGUCCAGCUGAGAGAUGCUGUAUCAAGUCGCCUAUUUCUAGUUCAACUUUUGGGAGCAAGAUCAGUGCGGAGGAGUAGGAGUCAAUGGAAGAAGUUGCGGUACGAAUCAAAGGCGGAUUAUUUGUGGCGAAGAAGAGCAAAACUAAAGGAUACACUCACAGCGGAACUCGCACCACACAAUGGGCCAAUCAUACCCAAAAAAACAGAAAGCCACACCCACUCAACCACACGGAAAUAUAAGGCAUUUGGAGAGACUGGCAUUAACACUGGCAAAGCAACCAACUAUGAAACUAAACUAUUGAUAAUAUAUUUAAUGUAAUAAUUUAUGUAUUAACGACAACUAAAAGCUAAAACCACAAUUCUCUAAUCUUAAGGAAUCCAUUGAAGAAUUGAAAGAGAAAAGAAAAACAAUAACAAAAAAAGGAAAACAGCAACAAGAGCCAAAAUGGGGGCAGCUUGUAAAAAGUAAACCCAGAAGAAUGUAACGAUGGCAAUAACCAAGAGACCCCCAAUAGAUCUAAAAACAUAGAACAAACAAUUAAGCAAUUCAAGAGAAACCCGAAAAUCAACAAAAUAUCAGCAGCAAUGUCAAAAUCUAUAAAAAAAAGAUCAACACCAAUACUGGGGCAGUCAUAGUCGUUAUUAAAUCAAUGUAGAAAAACAAUAUUUGGGGAUUAAUUAAUAAAAAUAUUAAGUGAACAAA